GGCUUUAAUACCUGUACAUGAUGAAGUGUAUGUUACACUAUAAGACGCUGUUCAAACAGUGAUUGCUGAGGGAAUCCUAACUAUAAGAAGCAAACAACAUUCAUAACAACCAGGAUAACACACGGCCAACGCGAUGACGUAAAACGCAGAACUCUGACGUACACGGAACUGUUCCUAUACACGACCGCUCUCUAUCACUCGGGGAUCGCUUGCUCACGUCUAGAGCGGUGUAAGCCCUUUAUUACCCAGCGUGCAGUGCGAAGCAGCUAUGGCCGGCGUCCUGAAGAAGACCACUGGCUUAGUGGGACUGGCUGUUGCGCAAAAUCCACAUGAACGCUUGAGAAUAUUAUAUACAAAAAUUCUUGCUACACUGCAGGCCGUUCCAAAGGAUGCAGCAUACCGGAAAUACACAGAGCAAAUCAUAAAUGACAGAUUUACUGCUGUAAAAACUGUAAGCAAUGUUGAAACACUAGAGGAGAAGAUUAAUUGUGGCCAUAUAGAGGAAGUAAUCGUACAGGCAGAAAAUGAACUGCAGCUGGCACGAAAAAUGUUGGAGUGGAAGCCAUGGGAGCCCCUUAUUGAAGAACCUCCUGCAAAUCAGUGGAAAUGGCCGAUCUAAUAAGUCUGCUAACUGUACAUAUUUGUGUAUACAUUGGGAACAUGGAGCACCAACUUAAUGCAAUUAAAAAAAUACGUUCUUCUUCUUGUUCA